ACAACUCUUUUCUUAAGCUUCUCAUGGCUCACAGAGGUGAGGAGCCCCUUGCGAGAGGUAAUGCAAACGAUUCUCACCGCAAGUGCAAACUAUUUGGUUUCUCGUCUCGUUGAAACCAAAGACAGCUUUGGCCAGCACCGCCAAAGACGACGUCCACAAGGAUCUCGAGUUGGAAACUUCCGGCUUCAGGAAGUGUUUUACUGGCCAGAACUGGAACCAGCAGCAGCAACAACAGCAACCAAGCAGGACGUGCACCAAAUUCACAAACAGGGUGAGCUUUGGACUUGUCCAAGUUUUGGGGAUUAUACAUGCAACACGCAACUCCUGGAGGAGCUGCAGCAUCUGUUCGGCAUUGACGAGAACCUGAACGUGGCAAGCCGUGUACGUAGAUAAUGAAGGCGACAUGCUGCUCGUCGGAGACGCAUUUCAUGUUGUGUUUGUUUAACACGACGGUGCGAUGCAUACGGAUGUUAUCGCCGGCUGAGAUCCAGAAGCUUCCCGUGCUGGCAACAGCAGCACGGAAGAGCCAACCAGCAGGCUCCGAUCAGCAGGAUUCCUCGAAUAAUUAAGUAGCUCGUAAGAUUCUUCGUUUUGCACUAAUUGAGAACUUCCCCUUUU